AAGUAAUGGAUUCCAAAGAAUUGCUUAACUCCUCAGAUCAAGACGACGCAAGGAAAAAUGCGCUCAUCAGUACCAAAGGAGGGAUUGUGAUGGACUUCCAUGCGCCCUUCAGGGGUGGAGCCGCCGCACCAGCCCCUGCACCUACGUCUCCGCUGCCUGUGUCUUCUCAGCCAGACGCCAAUCAGCAACCUGCUUUGGCAGACUUUUCAAAAGGAUUAGUAAACAAUGUGCCUCAGCCAGACCUUUCCAAGGCGGUGUCACUCUCAAUGGGACUGUACAUGGGUGAAACAGAUGCAAAAGUGAUGGGGAAUGACCUUGGAUUUUCGCAGCAGGGCCAAACUGGCAUCUCUUCUGGAGAAACGGACUUCAGGCUCCUGGAAGAAAGUAUUGCAAGCUUGAACAAGUCCUCCAGCCUGGCGGAGGACACCAAGGGAGCGAUACCUUCCAACGCGCCGCUCGAGCAGGAUUUCUCGGCCAUGGCUGGCCGCAGCGUCCCCUUAGAGUCCGGAACUUCAGUCCAAAGCCAGGUUGGCUCUAAUGGUGGCAACUUGAAAUUAUUCUCCGAAGACCAAAGCACCCUGGAUAUCCUCCAGGACUUAGAAUUGCCACCAGUUUCGCCUGGCAAAGAGCCAAACGGGAGCCCGUGGAGACUGGACCCGCUGCUGGAUGACGGUGGCUUACUGUCCCCCAUAUCCGCAGAUGAUGCCUUCCUCCUGGAAGGAAACCUAGGGGAAGACUGCAAGCCUCCAAUUUUACCUGACACUAAGCCUAAAAUUAAUGACAGUGGUGACCUUUUACCCAGUCCCAAAAUGCCAAUGCCUCAAGUGAAGACCGAAAAGGAAGACUUCAUUGAACUGUGUACUCCUGGCAUAAAGCAAGAAAACAUGGGCCCAAUUUAUUGUCAAGCGAGUUUUUCUGGGUCUAAUGUUCUGGGUACUAAAGUUUCUGCCAUAUCUAUCCAUGGUGUCAGUACCUCUGGGGGACAGAUGUAUCACUAUGAUCUAAAUACUGCAUCGCUCUCUCAGCAGCAGGAUCAGAAACCAAUUUUUAAUAUCAUUCCAUCUCUUCCUGCUGGUUCAGAAAAUUGGAAUAGGUGCCAGGGAUCAGGAGACGAGACUUUAGCUCCUUUGGGAACGCUCAGCCUCUCUGGCAGACCCGCUUUCUCUAAUGGCUAUUCAAGCCCUGGCAUGAGAUCAGAUGUAAACUCUUCUCCAUCCACGACCUCAGCGACGGCGGGACCACCUCCCAAGCUUUGUCUGGUUUGCUCUGAUGAGGCCUCUGGGUGCCACUAUGGUGUUCUGACGUGCGGCAGCUGCAAAGUGUUCUUCAAAAGAGCCGUGGAAGGGCAGCACAAUUACCUGUGCGCUGGGAGAAACGAUUGCAUUAUUGACAAGAUCCGGAGGAAGAACUGCCCAGCGUGCCGCUACCGGAAAUGUCUCCAAGCAGGCAUGAACCUAGAAGCUCGGAAAACGAAGAAGAAGAUCAAAGGCAUUCAGCAGGCGAGCGUCCCGGGCACGAGGGACGCCUCCGAAGGCUCUGGGAACAAGAGCAUCGUCCCUGCGUCGCUGCCGCAGCUGACGCCAACGUUGGUGUCGCUGCUGGAGGUCAUCGAGCCCGAGGUGCUCUACUCGGGCUACGACAGCACCCUGCCCGACUCCAGCUGGCGCAUCCUGUCCACGCUCAACAUGCUCGGGGGCCGGCAGGUCGUAGCUGCCGUGAAGUGGGCAAAGGCCAUACCAGGUUUCCGAAACUUACAUCUGGAUGACCAAAUGACCCUUCUGCAGUACUCCUGGAUGUUCCUCAUGGCUUUUGCUUUAGGAUGGAGAUCAUAUAAACAAUCAAAUGGAAAUCUCUUGUGCUUUGCACCAGAUCUGAUUAUUAACGAGCAGAGAAUGAACCUACCCUGUAUGUAUGAACAAUGCAAACAUAUGCUCAUGGUUGCCCGGGAGCUCUCCCGCCUUCAAGUUUCCUAUGAAGAGUAUCUUUGCAUGAAAACAUUGCUUCUCCUCUCUACAAUUCCCAAGGAAGGCCUGAAGAGUCAAUCUCUGUUUGAAGAAAUCCGCAUGACUUACAUCAAAGAGUUGGGAAAGGCCAUAGUGAAGAGAGAAGGGAACUCAAGUCAGAACUGGCAGCGAUUUUAUCAACUGACGAAGCUGUUGGACUCUAUGCACGAUGUGGUUGAAAAUCUUCUGAGCUUUUGCUUCCAGACAUUUUUGGAUAAAUCCAUGAGUAUUGAGUUCCCAGAGAUGUUGGCAGAAAUCAUCAGCAAUCAGAUACCAAAAUAUUCAAAUGGAAAUAUCAAGAAGCUCUUAUUUCAUCAAAAGUGACUGCCUUAAUUCAAAAGGGUUGCCUUAAGAAAACGUCAGACGAUAGCUUUUUUUU